AGCUCAGCGUUAAGUACAAACACACGCAUGCUUUGGGACUGUCUCUCAGGGUGUCGUCUUCCACCCUCAGGCUUCGAACGUGCUUUACCUUCCGCUCUCUGACAAGCCUGGGAAUUCUCUCUCCAGCGGAAGCUCAUAUCACCUUCUCUUCCUUGUUUCUUUCAUUUUUAAUCAGCGAAGGAAACAAAUUUAAACCUCAUUUCCUGCUUCCAUGCUCACGCACAUACACAUUAAACUAAUGUAUGCUUAAGCUAGCUGUGUAUUCGCUCGGCACCUGCUACACAGAGAGAGAGAGAGAGGUAGAGACAAAAGAAGUCAAGGUCAUGUUGUGCAGAUUGAAGACCCCCCUGUGAAUCCAGCGUUAACAAUUGCAGCUGACCUGGCCCAUGCAGUCCGCGGAUGGUUGCACAAUAGUCGGAAAGAAUCGUCUGUUUAUACCUCUGUAUGGAACCAUGAGCUCCGAGGGGACUUUUCAGAGAAUGUACACGUCGUGGAUCGGUCCAUGACAGCACUGCUGAAACCCACUAAUCACUUUGUUGCUUGGAUCUGUCAGGAUGUGGGAUGGAUGAGACUCAGAGUGAACAUUGGUCCUCCAAGUUUAUGUGUGAGGAACAAGAACCAUGGUACUUAUUCAGGAGUUUCCUUCGCAGUGAUGCGACCACCCGGCAGAAGCAAUGGUUGGCCAGUGGAUUCACUAACCCUUUGCUUUAGCAGUUAUUGCAGUCGGGGCCCUAGAUGGCCCCUGUCCACUGCUGUCUUUUGCAUUCUAUGAACUAGCAUAUUCCAACGUAAUACUACCCAUGAAUGGCAUGAUAGUACUCAGUUCCCAUGGCAUACUACCGAAGAAUCUCUCAAUAUUUUUGGGCUCCGAUGGGUUACUACUAAGUUUCUACUUGUUUCUUCACUGUGAUUCUACAGUAGAAGUACUUGGCUCCCAUGUGAUGCCACACAGUAGUACCUGGUAUCCAUGUAAUACCACCCAGGAAUCACAUGAUAGUAUCCAAAGGAGUAACAGUAUCAGGGCCAAGAACCAAAUGACUCACUAAAGAACGAAAGCAUGUGUUGCUCACAUUAUAGCAUAUGUUAUGUACUUCAUAUCAUGUGUUAGUUGUGUGAUAGUACGACGUACAAGCACGACAAACAUUUGGUGAGUGAGGGAAAUAGCUGUGUGCCUCGUGAGAGCGAUGGUGAUCUGACCUCCAACCUCAUGAGUCUCACGUCAUUUAAAGAGUGACUGGCUCCCUCCAGGUGGAAGCAAUUGACCUUUUUACUGACUCACGGUUUACUCAGAGGUGAAGUUCCUCAUUCUCACCGAGGGCCACUGAGCUCUGCGGCGUUUGCACAAUCUUUUGUCAGGUUUUGGAUCGAUGACUAUUUUCAUUUAAUAAGAGUGACAUGUCGAGGCUGUUGAGGCCCGGAUUGCUCCACCUACAUGUAAACUCUUGCUCUGCUUUCCCCCUCCCUCCUUCCCUCCCGCCCUCGCUCGCUGCUUCCCUUGCUUUCUCUCUCUCUCUCUGUGGAUCAGAAAUGCUGCUGUUCUUGAUCUGACUUGCCCUGCCUGCUGGGAGUCUUUUCCACUUCUUCAUUUGUGGUCAUUUGGAAGUGUUUGUCUGAGUGAGUUAUGGCAGCUUCUUCCUCCCCUCAGUGUCUGUGGGUCGUCGUCCUGGUUGCCAUUCUACUACAGUCUCUUGCCAUCGCUGUCAGCUUCUUGUACUUCAACACGGUCCUGAGCACGAUGCGGGAAGAUUUCUCCCAUAGCAGCGUGUCUUGUUUGAUAAACGCACAUCUUCGUCCCCGGUACGAAAAUGCAGUGGCUGAGGAGAAGCAGAGAGACCCCUGCUGGCAAGUCACGCAACAGCUCCACUACCACAUAGAAAAGACGAUGGCGGAGAGAUUCCAGCGGGAGAUGAGAAAUAAGCUGACGGGGGCUCCGCCCCCCAUGAGCCCUGGGGUCCCUCUGCCAAAGGUUGCAGCCCAUGUGACCGCCCUUUCCGCGGCAGAACCGCCAGUUUCAGAAGUGGCCGGGGGACGCGGUGCCAAGGGGUACCUGGGGGAGCGGGUCCGAGGGUGGGACGGCCGCCGAGGGAUGUCCUUCUUACACAACAUGGAGCUGCGCGGCGGGGAGCUGCUGGUGUCCACCGCCGGGCUCUACUACAUCUACGCACAGACCUACUUCAGACUCACGUCCACCCAGGACCCUGACGAGGACGAGGAGGGGGGCGCUGUGGAGUCGCGGGAGCAGGAAGGAGCCCAGCUCGUGCAAUACAUCUAUAAAAAGAUGAGCUCCUACCCAGAUCCUAUCCUCCUGAUGAAAUCCUCCCGGCCGGCCUGCUGGCCCAAAGGUCCGGAACCAGGCCUGUUCUCGUUGUAUCAAGCUGGCACUGCCUUCCUGCAUCCGGCCGACCGCCUAUUUGUCACGGUCAGCAACGCCAGCACCAUGGAGAUGGACGGCAGAGCCAGCUACUACGGAGCCUUCCUGGUGGGAUAGAAGGUGGGACAGCUGAGCUGGACUAACUGGGCUCGUCGGGUCUCCUGCACUGAGGAAGGGUUUAGUCUUAAGUUGCACAACAGAGAGCAGUAUUACAGACUGGUGCUGAGCUCCAGCAGAGCGUCUCAGACUGAGGAGCGGGACUUGUCACUCGAAAUGAUUGAUGUUUACACCUCUUCUUCAUAGUGCCUGUUGCUCCUGGGCAGUUUAUUUAUAUGACACGUGAGUGUGUUUGCUGUGUGUAUUCUAAAUGUGUUGUGUUAUAAAGAUGAAUCAUUGUCAUAUUGCACUGAUGUCCUCAUGACACGUGACGUCCGAGACCCAAAAACCUGCUGAACCUGAUCCUUCCCCCCUCCACAUCUUAUGUGCGCUUCAAUUGGGAAUAGAAUGGAUUAUCCAAGGUCGUUUAAGGUCAAACACGACACGCCAGACUCAAGACAACAGCGCUAUCUUGCGUCCAAGUUGUG